ACCACUGGACUUGAAUUGAUAUCCGAGUACGCACUGCAUUGUUCCAUUGUUUACUUUCUGAUAUUAUGAUGCAAUAAUAUCCGUUUGAACUGCAUUCGUGACGCGAGAGAGGUUGUCGUUUUUCAAAAGUUGUGACACAGUUUUAUUGCUUUAAGACUGCCCCAAUCAGUUGACAAAGACAAAAAAUGAUUUCCCGGGACAACGUGACAGCGUCAACUUUCACAUCAAACAGAAACGGCGAGUCUCCUAGAAGUAUUAUUACAACUGGUAUUAACUCUGCACCCUUUGCAAUAAGCAAUGAUGCAGCACAACCAUCUCCUCAGGGACACUCGACUGGAUCUCUUAAUGUCGGUAGCAAAGACUACAAGAAAUCUGACGACCACUCAGAGGUGCAACGAGUUUUAGUGACCCAGAAGUCUGCAACAUCAUCUGCAUCAAGCAAUUCUAACAACUUGCCGACAGUUAUUGUCGGUAAAUCGAAUACUGGUAGCAUCGCCCCGAUAAGUUCAGGUCAGGGCUUCUACUUCCUCCCUGCCGUCAAAACUGCAGCGUCGACCGCAGCGGUUUGUCUUAAUAGGCCGACUACAAAAACUAACCCUCAAUCUGGUACAGUGACAAUGACGCCAUCAGUAGCUACAACCACUCCCAGCAUCACGUGUAAAAUCGGAGAUAAAGUUUACAGGUGCUUUGAGAUAGAAUCCAAUGUCACAACUCCCAGCAAUGGCAGUCUAUUGUCAAAACAGGAACUUAGUGUGGCCUCCAGACCACCAACUUCUGAGGGUCGAUCAGGUAAGAUCUUCAAGCUAUCAAAUAAUGAGGAUAGAUUCGCUAUGGUCUCUAAGUUACCGACUACUGAGAAGAAAUCCAUUAUCGUCUCUAAGCAAGCAACCACUGCUGAAGAGAGAUCUGGUACACUUUUCAAGCUACCAACGACCGAGGAUGGAUCUAAAAUGUCCAUCAAGCAACCUGUUGGCAAGGAAUCUGAUAACAUUAUGGUCUCCAAGCUCUGUCAUCCCGAAGAGCCAUCCAUAACAACCUCAGCCGAGUUUGUACAUCAGCCUCGAUCAACAACAGAUCCAGUUAUUAGUAUUCCAAGUCCCAGCCAGCAGGUGACAAGUCUGACAAACCAGCAAGCACUCCGUGCACCAGCGACCAAUCGUCUAACAUCCUCAGCUAACACCAGUCAUGCACAACCAACUGAAAAAACUGACGAAGCACCAAAAGAAUUGACAUCAAUUCCCUCUUCCUUAAAUACUGAAACCACGGCAGACUGCUCUUCUGUCGCUGGUGAUGCCGGCACGCCUGAGGUGGAAAAAAACUACACCGAGCUCACUCUAUACAGGCCCAAGAACGUGAAACCUCCGAGACCUGUUGAAAAAGCGCAUUCGAAGGCCAUGCCUGUGUAUGAUGCCAAAAUGAACGAUGUAGUCCUGUCUCCUUUCGCCGGACCUUUGUUCCAAAUCAAUGAAAAUUGCUCCAAUGCCUUCGGAGAUGGUUUCAAACUCGCUGUGGUUACAAACCGAGCCACGCCCAUUGAUUGCUCCCCGAUUGCCGCCUUGACGCCCUCUACAAGCAAGCCCCAUGCAACCACGCCUCCUAAAAUCUGUAGUGAUGACGUCGGAGUGGUAAUCACUGAUGUUGAUACUAUGCCUGCUCCUAACAGUGACAGUUUACCAAGGAAGCGUGCCCAUCCAACCAAUCACAUUAAACGACCGAUGAACGCCUUCAUGGUGUGGGCUCGUAUCCACAGAGCGCGCCUAGCUCAUCAGUUCCCACAUGCCAAUAAUGCUGACAUUAGCAUCCAGCUUGGCCAAUCGUGGAACGCACUGACGCAAGAACAAAAACAACCAUUCUACGAUGAGGCCGAGAAACUGAGGAAACUGCAUAGACAGGAACAUCCGGGUUGGGUAUAUAGCCCUCGCCCGCCAAAACGAAGACGUGAUGGUUUUACCCUCGCUCCCUACAACACAAACCAAGCCUGUAUUCUUCCAAAGUGUAAACUGAACCCAAAUGCAACCUCGCACUUCACAUUUGCGUCGCAGCCCGGAUGUGCUGCACCAAAAAGCGAAUCCAAAGGACUCCCAGCAAGGUCUGGAGCCCAACCGGCACCCAGCAAUAAUACAAAUAUUCGCUUGCCAGCUAAGGACACCAGAGAUAAAACCGGCUUUACCAAACAGCAUUACAUAAUAGAGCCCAUUGGAUCACCACGCCCCCCGGCAGCUAUCCAAACAUUGCAAGCAUCUAGUCAUCCAACAAUUGGCGGUCAAGUAACAGUCGGUCAAAGCGCACGGUCAGCGGAAGCUCGCACGCACAAGACAUACGCAGCCGAUGGUAGUGCACUUCUGCAUCUCGUUAGUGGUCAAGCUGGACAUCAUGUGUCUGGACAAGGUCAAGGCACAACAGCUGUCGUUUCUGCCGGAAAUGUCCCCAUUAUGGUCAGUCCCAAUGUGCAAUUUGUUCGAGACACUAUACAGAACAUUACACCCUCUGUAGGGUAUACAGCGCCCCCACAAGCAGGCCGUGUCCAGACAACAAUUCAUGACCCCGUAGCUAUCAUAGAUUCGGAUGGCGGAUGUCUUGAGAGUGCAUCAGCGAACGUGUCCUCACACGCAGGGUCAGAUUCAGGAUCAUCCACGUUUCAUCAAGAUGAUGAUUUAGACGACGAUGAGCGAUCACUGAAUCUACACAUCCCUGAGGACCCGGGAUCCACUGAGCGUCGAGCAGUUGAUGUCCAGUUGUUUCAGCGAUUCCUGUGUGACAUCAACGCCUGUGCGAAGCAAGACAAUAGGAAGACGCCCCCACCGGCCACUCACGGCGAUGCUCCCGAUGAUAGCGGCACUGAUGACAAUGAGGAACUCAUUGAUGUUGUAACAUAAAUGGGUUUUUCUAAUUUAGAAUCCUGCUGAAAAAGUCACGAUCACAAAUGACAAAGGGUGUACAUCGUUUGGCUGCAUGCUGAUUCUUGAAAGAUUGUAUUGUAUUUGUUCUCUCAUCUUCUCAGUAAACAAAUUAGUUUUGAGAAUCACAUUUUACCUUGCAUGUUUGUAAUUUGUAAUCUUAUAAAUUAUUUUAAUGUGUAAAUAUGAUUUACUGUGAAUUCUGUACAGUUUUAGUCUCAGUAAAUUGCAAAUCCAUACAUUUAUUAAAUCAGAUUUUACUAUUUACUACUUCUUUGUUGUUGAUACGUUUUAUUUCUUUGAUUGCUAGUGAUUAUUUUUGUAAAUUUACGCGGAAAAUAAAAUAUGUUCUGAACUAAUAAACUGGUUUUAUUUACACGAAAUCAAGUCUCCCUGAUGAAAAUUCACCCUCCAAACUGUUUGUUACUCAUCUUCAUCCUUCGUUUGUAUUUGACACAUUCACAAAAUAUUUGCUUGUGUCAGAUGUACAUCAUUCUGCCCACCCCAUUGUCCUUCAUCUCUUACCAAAGCGACAGAACUAUAAGAGCUUGCUAUUUCGAGCUCAUUCAUGGCUUUCCAGACCCUGCACGAGUCUUAUUUCUCCUUCGUCUACUAAAUGAACUGAGAUUCCAAGGCGCGAAUUUCAACAAUGAUUAUUUAAAUAAGGAUUCUGGGUUCUUACAAUUCGACUG